AACUUCGGUUGAUGCGAGAAUCCCCCGAAAAUACUCGUACGAAACGGUUGGAGCUCUCUCGCAUUGAACGACGUUCCACAUUAGCAAAUUGGAGUUCGCCGCGUUCAGUUCGUUCGUCAUUUCCUUUCGGGCAAACAGUGAAUAAGAAUUUCAAAACCAAAAGGCAAUAAAAAAAAUAACAAAAAGAAAAGAACACUGGCGUUUAUUGUGUUUGCAAUAGCACGGCCGACGUUUUCCCAAAGAAAGAAAAAAAUCAGAAACAAUUGAAUUGAAAUCAAAAUUCAAAUCAAAAUAGAAAUAAAAAUUCUCAACUAUUUGAAUCUAUCCCGCCGUGGCCAUGUAAACAAUAAAAGCGAAAGGAGAAAAGGCGGAGAAUCGGAAAAACAACAUAAAUUGUAAUUUCGCAAUUUUUAUGGGAUAAGAAAAUUGCUAUUCAGAAUCGAAUAAAACAAAAGUGAAUUAAUUCGAAAUUAAACACUGCUCCGUGUGUGUCCGAGAGUGUGGAUAAAUACAAAUUAAAUUCAUCGACUAUUCGACUGGCAGUCUGACAGGUUCGCUCGCUCACUGGCUGGUGAUUGUUGUUAAUGGUGCUCCAUUAAGGCCAACGCGCGAAUGUUUAUUUAUUUUUCUGUUGUUGCUGCCACUGUUACCACCCCAACCGGCCAUCUGCUCAAUGGACCAUUGCUCACUAGGAUUUAAUACUGUUUCAGUUCGUGACAUGAUAGAUGAUAGUCUGGCUGUCAGUUGUUGAAUAGAAUUCCAUUAUCACGAGUCUAUCAUCAUCAUCAUCAUCACAACCAGCCUCAGCAUCGUUGGCUUCUUCGUCAGCUGGAUCAGACUUUUAUUGCCCGUGCUGGGAACUAUUGCUCUUGCUGUGGAUUGCUAACAACUAUCAAAGGCAUAAAUUAACCAAAUUCCAAUUGCGAGCUGACCAAAAUUAUUAUUUUUACAAUAAGUGUUUGUUAUUGGCUAACUGCUCGUUGGUGCUCAGCGAACAACAGUCCCCAUUAGGAACAGUCGACUAAUUAAUGCGAUAUAAUACAAAAUAAACAGCAGGAAUCUACAACGGUAUUUUGAUAAAGUCUAAUUGGAUCCCCAUCAAAUAAAAUAAAACUUCAAUUCAUAACAAUUAAUUGCGGAUAUAAAUACGAAUAAUCGGCCUUCUCCAUGUUGGGCAAAUUCACAUCCAACCAUGUCCAGGUUUAUCAUCAGUAUUCACGUACUGUCUCAUUGAAGAAACCGAAGAAGACAAAUAAAGAACAACUGUUGUCGAGUGCAACAUAAAUAAAAAACAACACAGCUAACCAAAAUUACACGCAACUUGCCGACAACCAUCGCACGGACCAACAACACUCAAAAUCGACAACGCCACGCUAACUUCUGGUACAAGUUUUAAACUCAAGUUGAAAAAAAAACGAACAACGACGCAACGUCGUUGUUGCAGCAGCUGCUCUGGUUAUAUGAACAUCAAGGAAAUCCAAUUUGCCUUUUGUGGCGAAUGACAACAGUCUAUCCCUGUUUUUGCCCGUAAACGGCUCUUGGACCAACAGUAGUUUUUGUUUUCUACCACAACCACCACCCAAUCCACCAUCGGAGGAGGAGGAGGAGGAGAAGCAGAGGCAUCCUUUUCAGAUCAUAUCAGUCAUUUGGCGGAGAACGUGUCGCAACGUAAACAAGUGGGUGUGGUGGCGUUUUGCAGGAAGAAAAUUACAAAAAUUCCGCAAUUUCGGAAUAUGUUGAAGCCUAAACGACAAGCCAAACAGAAACCUAAAGCAAAACCGAUUCCAUGGGGACUGAAAAAAAUCUGUUGGGGACUGAUAAAUAUAACUGUGCCCAGGCAUCAACCUCGAAGUUGGAUUGAGACAAACUUUCAGAAGCGUGAAUGCAUCAAAUUCAUACCAUGUCCCAAAGAUGAAACAAGAUGUUGCUGCGGCCAGGCUCGAGUAACCCAUCAAACCAUCGCUGGCAUCGAAAGUGGAUCUCCCGGUGACUUGUGGUUACCCCAUAAGCAUACCAGGGCGCAGCCCACCGAUGCUUAUGGCACCAUUGAAUUUCAAGGUGGUGCUCAUCCCACCAAAGCCCAGUAUGUUCGCCUUUCAUUUGAUACCCGUCCAGAAUUAUUGGUGCAGCUCUUUACCAAAGAAUGGAAUUUGGAAUUACCAAAACUCCUCAUAACAGUACAAGGUGGAAAGGCAAACUUUGAGCUACAGCCAAAGUUAAAGAAGGAAAUUCGCAAGGGCCUACUGAAAGCGGCCAAAACCACAGGAGCGUGGAUUUUCACUGGUGGCACCAACACAGGUGUAACCAAACAAGUCGGCGAUGCUCUGCUCCUGGAAGGUCAACAACGUACCGGACGUGUUGUCAGCAUUGGUAUAGCGCCGUGGGGCAUUGUUGAACGUAAUCAUGAACUGUUGGGUCACAAUCGUGAGGUACCCUGCCACAGCAUCAGUUCACCAAGAUCUAAACUUGCCGUCCUUAAUAAUCGUCAUGCUUACUUUUUGCUGGUCGACAAUGGAACUCAAGCGAAAUAUGGUGCCGAGUUGAUACUGCGCAGGAAACUAGAGAAGUUCAUAUCGAAUUUGAAACUGCAUCCUUUUACACAUUCCAGUACUCCCGUCGUUUGUCUCGUUAUCGAGGGCGGUACAAAUACGAUACGUGCAGUUCUUGAAUACGUGACUGAUACGCCACCCGUGCCAGUGGUGGUCUGUGAUGGAUCUGGGCGUGCUGCCGACCUGAUAGCAUUCGUACACAAAUAUGCCUCGGAUGGUGAUGAACAGCCGGUGUUGGAAUCCAUGAGAGACUAUCUUAUUGGCACCAUACAGAAAACAUUUGAAGUGGGCUCCGAUCAGGCAGAGAAACUCUACCAGGAGCUGUUGCAAUGCACUCGCAAUAAGAACUUGAUAACAAUAUUUCGAAUUCAAGAAAAGCCAGAAGGUGAGGCACAGGAAUUGGAUCAAACCAUUUUAACGGCCCUCUUCAAAUCGCAGCACUUGAGUCCACCGGAGCAAUUGAGUUUGGCAUUGACCUGGAAUCGUGUUGACAUAGCACGCAGUGAGAUUUUCGUCUACGGCCAAGAAUGGCCGAACGGAGCUCUCGAUGAGGCCAUGAUGCAGGCACUGGAACACGACAGAAUCGAUUUUGUUAAGUUGCUAUUGGAAAAUGGUGUUUCAAUGAAGAAAUUUCUGACAAUACCACGCCUUGAGGAACUUUACAAUACCAAACACGGUCCAGCAAAUACUUUAGGCUAUAUUUUACGCGAUGUUCGUCCGCAUAUACCCAAAGGAUACGUUUAUACUUUACACGAUAUUGGUCUAGUUAUUAAUAAAUUAAUGGGUGGCGCCUACAGAUCAUAUUAUACACGCCGAAAAUUUCGUCCUAUUUAUGCCAAAGUUAUGAACAGCUAUGCCAAUGCUCACCGAAAAUCAUCGACAUACCAACGAUAUGCUGGCGCCAAUUCAUUAAGUCUGGUCACGGGUCUAUUGCCCUUCACAUCGGAGAUGGCCCUCUUCGAAUUUCCGUUUAAUGAGCUGCUGAUAUGGGCUGUGCUAACAAAACGCCAACAAAUGGCACUGCUAAUGUGGACACAUGGCGAGGAGGCACUGGCCAAGUCAUUGGUGGCCUGUAAAUUGUAUAAAGCAAUGGCACAUGAAGCUGCCGAAGAUGAUUUGGAUACGGAAAUCUAUGAGGAAUUGCGUUCGUAUGCCAAAGAAUUUGAAAGUAAAGGUAUUAAGUUGCUCGAUUUCAGCUAUCGAACAGAUGCCGAAAAGGCUCAACGUCUAUUGACGUGUGAAUUGCAUUCUUGGUCCAACCAAAGUUGUCUAUCACUUGCGGUAGCAGCUAAUCACAGAGCACUCCUGGCCCAUCCCUGCAGUCAAGUUAUAUUGGCUGAUUUAUGGAUGGGUGGACUGCGGACACGAAAAAACACUAAUUUUAAGGUUAUAUUAGGUUUAGCUCUGCCAUUUUAUAUCAAACACUUGGAUUUCAAAUCAAAAGAAGAACUACAACAAAUGCCUCAAACCGAAGAGGAACAUUUGGAAAAUCAAAAUCUGGACAAUGAUGAUUCGGAUCGUUCCCAUCCGGAUGCUGAGAAUCCUCUCACAAAAGCGAAAAGGUCAAUUUCUUUGAAAUAUAGGAUGGGCAGUAAUAACAAUAAUGCUGAAAAGGCACUUUUGGCGGACACAUAUUCAUUGCGUGACACCAAAGUUCAUGAAAACGGAAAAGUUAAUCUCACUGCCGGAGCGGAAGAACCCCCCUCCAAAGUAUCUCUGACAGACUCCGAUCCAUCGCAAUUUCGUGAUUUUAUUCACAACACCGACUACGAAAUUAAGCAGCAUCAGCCACUACGAUUAAAGAAGAAGGUCUACGAGUUCUACACAGCACCCAUAACGAAAUUCUGGGCUGACUCGAUCGCUUACAUGUUUUUCCUGGGAAUGUUCACAUUUACGGUUCUGGUGAAAAUGGAACCAAUGCCCCGAUGGCAAGAAAUAUAUUCCAUAGCUUAUAUUACUACCUUAGGUUUUGAAAAAAUCCGUGAAAUUGUCUCCUCCGAACCAGUUGCCAUUACACAUAAAUUUUCCGUAUGGGCUUGGAAUAUGUGGAAUCCGUGUGAUGGAGCUGCUAUAAUACUUUUCUUUAUUGGCCUUUCGCUGCGAUUUCGACCGAACACAAUGGACAUUGGGCGAGUUAUCUACUGCGUCGACAGCAUCUACUGGUAUUUGCGAAUACUAAACAUCUUGGGUGUUAACAAAUACUUGGGUCCUCUCGUUACAAUGAUGGGCAAGAUGGUCAAGAACAUGAUUUAUUUUGUUGUCUUAUUGGCUGUGGUUUUGAUGAGUUUCGGCGUUAGCAGACAGGCCAUACUCUUUCCAAACAUGGAACCAACAUGGCGUCUAUUCCGAGAGGUCACCUAUCAGCCAUACUUCAUGUUGUAUGGUGAAGUGUUUGCGGAUGACAUUGAUCCACCAUGCGGAGAAAAUCCAGGACAAACCGCUUGUGUCACAGGUCACUGGGUAACACCCAUCACAAUGUCAAUGUAUUUGUUGAUAGCAAAUAUUCUAUUGAUCAAUCUCCUGAUUGCCGUUUUCAACAAUAUUUUCAACGAAGUCAAUUCAGUUUCGCAUCAGGUUUGGAUGUUUCAACGCUUCACCGUCGUCAUGGAAUACCAACAGAAACCCGUCCUACCGCCACCCUUUAUUGCCUUCUGCCAUUUCUACUCGCUGCUCAAGUAUUGUAUACGCAAAGCCAAAGGAUUGGAAGUACAGCGAGACAACGGUCUUAAGCUCUUCUUGGAAAAGGAUGACUUGGAACGUCUGUACGACUUUGAAGAGGAGUGCGUUGAGGGAUUCUUCCACGAGCAGGAGAUAAUCCUAAACCAGUCGACCGAAGAACGCGUCAAAAAUACAACCGAACGUGUAGAGACGAUGGCCCAGAAAAUUGAAGACAUUAACCAAAAGGAAAAUUUGCAAACAGCCACUGUUCAGAAUAUUGAAUUCCGCAUACGCAAAAUGGAAGAAUCUUCUGAGCAAAUACUAAGUCAUUUGGCCGUCAUUCAUCGCUUUAUGUCGAUGCAUAUGGGCCAAGAGGAUUUGAAUGCGUCCAAUAUGAAUAUUGGUCCUGGAGAUUUGCAGCGGAUUCGCACAGUAUCAAUGUCGGACAACGAAGCUGGUAGCGGAGGUGCUGGUAGUGGCGGCACCGGUGGAGGUGGCGGCUGUUCUGGCGGUGGCGGUCUUAUAUCAGCUCAAAACAGUCUUCAGGUGACCAAUAGAAAACGUUUCAAUCGUUCGCUCACCGAGGUACGACCUGAUGCAUACAUUUUUGAUGAUGGAACCCACUUUGAAGUGGUACCUGUACCUGAAGAGCCAGACGAGGUUGUCAAAUCUAGAGAAGCUCUCAAUGAGCAAGUGGUGCGUAAAGUAUCGGUUCAAUCAGAAUCCGAUUCAGACAUUUAUAUACCGCUCUCACAACGACCAUCAACAUGUGAAACUGUCAAGCGAACCCCCUAUGUGACUGUUCGCCAAGACACUGGUGCGAGUACUGAGAGCAAGGACACCCUAACACCCCUGGGUCAUGAUGACGACCAAACUCUUGUCGGAGAAACUUCCGAUGAGACGGGACCAGACAUUAACUUUGAAGCUGCCAGGCAUCGAGCUAUGCGUCAACGCACGGUUUCUUUAUGUCGCAGAAAUUCUGAGACAUGCUCAAUAAUAGGCGACAUCAGUCGCUCUCACAUAAGUCUGAAUCAAUUGCAUCUGUCGAGGCGCCAGAUGAGUCUGACACACUCAGAGCCGGAUAGUGAUAAAGAGGGUGCCGCAGGAAAAUCGGUUCUGCAUGCAAAGCCUUCGAGAAAUAUUCUCCUGAAAUUGCAUAGCGAAUACACUUCGAUUACGGAUGAAUUAGAGAGUGUUUGCCAUAUGAUUGCCUCGCCCACGGUGUCAUUGCCAAGUCACAAGACAUCGCUGGAUAGACCUAAAACGGAAAUGUCAAAGGCCGAGGUGGCUGCGUUACUCGAAAAACAACAUUUGAAAGAGUGCGAGGAGAGUGACUAUCAAAUCCUUGAGGGUCUCUUUCAGGCACGCGCCUCCAUUGAUGACACCGACGAUUCAUAUGAGGCUGGCAUUUCCGUUGACUACAGUCACCGGCAUCCGCUGCGACGCGAAACUGCCGUGGAACUUUCACCAUCUAAGCCGCCAGCUGGCGGUGGAAUAAUUGGUGGCGAUAGCAGCGAUACUAGCGCACCAACAGCUGCCGGCUUUCAAGUGAAAAAUGAACGCCACUGGCAACGAAAUGCGUCAAUGGAACAGCAGCAAACAUAUCAGUCACCAGUUGUACCCCAACGAGCCACCAGUGAAUUCCUCAAUCCACCGUAUGAGAGUGCCGGUCGACUCUUCAAAAAGUCCAGCGAAAGUUUGCAGAAGAAUUCCAGCACAGACACUGACUACUCUGCCCAUCCCUAUCGCUUUAUUAAGCAAAGCUCAAAUGAAACCACCACCUCAAUGACUGGUUCCUACAACAUAGAUACACCCUCAUUGACUGCAGAACCCUCUUUGGAUGCUGUGGACAUUCAAACCCCGGCCCAUGCAACGACAGUGCUCGAAAGCGGUGUUAGCCUCAGCGGAGGAGGCGGAUUAGGCACUUCGGCCCGUUAUCAGCCGUUGCGUACCUCUUCCAUGGGUGCCUCAGACGUGAAGCGACCCAGCGAAGACGUAUCCACUUCCACAGAUUUCGGAACAACCGCCAUAAUUGGGCAAGUGCAGCCUCCUCCGCGAGCUAUGCAGCUGAAGAAACAGUUUAGCUUGGACCAGGGCAAACAGCCACAACCUCCACCUAUACCGCCCACAACUCGCAUAUCACACGCCGAAACACCCACGACUGAAAGCACCAGUGCAUCGCCCAUUCCGACACCGCCGAGACUUACCACAAGUGGCAGUGACAGUGGUGGUGCUGCAUUGCCGACAACGGUUCCUGCCAAAUUGCUUUCCUCGCUGAAACCACCGCUUUCCAGUAAACUUGGCAUGAACAUUCUCAAGGAGAGUAGUUCGAGCACUGAAGAGUCCAAAGAUGGCGAUUCGACCGCAGGCCCAUCCUCUGCCGCUGGCAUGGUCAUUCCCCAAAUAAGCACCGACCUAGUUCAGGACGAAAUUGCUAAGCUAUCAUCGAACAUCAAGAGCAGUACCGAGUCGGAGAAGGAUCCUCCCUACAACGAGACAAUGUGCUGAUUUUUAUUGAAACUUUCCUCCGUCUUCGGCAUCUCGGCCCAAUCGUCUGACUCCAAUUCUCCGGCUUCUACUUCUUCUUCGUUAUCGGCCGCAACUGCAACGAUGGACCGAACUGCGUCACAAAAUAGCAACCAAUUUUUAUCAAUUGUAAAUAGGUUUUAGGUUAGGUAAAAGCGUGUCAUUUGUUUACAACAAGAAAACAAUAAAUUAUUCAUUCGUGUUUUUUUAUUUUUGUACAAAAAUCCCAAUAAUGUGCAUAAACAAUACGAACAAACAAGAUAAGAAAUAGUACUUAUAUAUGUAUGUAUGUAUGUAUGUAUGUAUAUUUUCGCUGGUUCCAACAUAUUUGUAUGACCAGAUAUGCGCCCAGUCUUGCCAUAUCCCUGGGAGCAUACAUGCCAAUCUCAAUACCGUGUAACGGCAUACACAUCUUGGAAAUCCCAGAUGAUUCACAUCGAUUCAAACAUGUUGAGAAAUGAGAAAAAAGACCAUUAUAUUUAGUGAAUAGCUAAACUCUAUAAAUAUAUGCGUGUAUGUAUGUAGGUAUACUUAUGCAAUGUAGUGUAAAUUGUAAUACACAAGUUUUAAAAUAUCAUGUCUGAAUGUAUCCCUGUAAUUUUUUUUUUUUUUUGUAAUUUAAGUGCGUAAUAUGUGUAUGUCUGCUGUACUUAUUAUGUGUAUGUAUGUAUUUAUGUAUCUAUAUCGUAAUAAUGAUUAUGUCGAAAGCUUUCUAUUGCCAUUUAUUGUAUUUGUAAGAGAAUUAAAUUAUGAUAAAGAGUAUGAAACUUUUGUUUUGUAGUAUUUGAUUUACAUUUGUAGAGCAAAGGUAGCGUGUGAGAGUAUUUUGUUAUACACGAAAAUGUAUUUAGCUAUCCCAAUACCUUAAAUCGCUUCACUUCAGCCUACGUUGUUUGUGGUUAAGAUUUAGACCAGGGCUGCAAAUCACUUGUCGAUUUGGGUUGGUUCGGUUCAGUGUUAUGUGUAAAUAUUUGCAUAUCCAGUUCCACACACAAAUACCCUGUCAAAAUUCAUCAAACUAGUCGCUGUGGCUAGGUUCCAAGCAAUUUUUAACACAUAAAAAAGGUUUAAAAUGUAUAGUAAUUAUAUUAUAUAAUAUAUAGUUAAUUAUAAUAUAUUGAAUUAUGUGAUGUAAGGAACUUGUAAAGGAAAAUUAUAAAGCGUUUUUACGCUUCGACGCAAAUUCCUAAUUUUGGUGGCACAACUUGUAAACUGAACCAUUGUGCAUUUGUUUGUAACAUAGAGAAAUAAUCGAGAUAGGCCCAUAGUUACUUUUAUCUUCAUAGAAUCACUUUCUGAGGCGAUUUAUGCAUGUUAGACCGUCUGUCCAUCCGUAUUGUGCACCAAAUGAUAAAUAUCAGCACAAAUAGACUAAAUGUUGACAACUGCGACUAAAUGCAUCCUAAAAACAAGUAGCUCAAAUUUGGUGGAAAUCGAUUAAGAUAUAGCCAUAGUUCUCAUAUAUAUGUUUUAUUCGAUUCGAUGUUUGGUCCCCUACAUGCGUAAUGUGCACUCCACAAAAAUUAUAUCUGCUUCCAGAUAUCAGAUACAGCUUCGAAAUUCCUGGUUCAAAUUUGGAUAUAGCUCCGAUUACAGUUUUUUUGUGCACCAAAUGGCUAAUAUCAGCCCAAAUUGACUGAAUUUUGGAACUUUCAACGGAAUUCAGCCUAGAGGCAAGUGCAUCCAAUUUUUGUGAAAAUCGGUUCAGAUAUAGCUAUAGCUCCCAUAUAUAUGUUUCAUCCGAUUUGGUUUUGAAGUCCCUCACCAUAUAUUUAAUAUGAGCCCAAAUCGAAUAGAUUUUUUCAUUUUCAACUGAAUUUUACUAUCUGAUAAAACUCAGUCCGGUAUGUCUAUUGCUACCAUAAAUAUUUUUUUAAUAUAGUUCCUAUCGAAGUCAUAUAAUACACUAUACAGCGAUAUUAUUUGGUUCAUAGUCGGUAUGAUUAACAAACAAAACAAAAUUCGCAAAAUAUAAUCUUUUUUUCUGUAAACAACAAUAUUCAUGUUUUCUAUUGAAUUUUUGUAACAAUAUCAGAAGGUUGGCUUAACAUAGAUUUACAAAAAUAUGGCCACCUAAUGUGUGACCCUACUAAAAAUGCGCAGCUCCAGAUCGAAGGUUUGGAUUCAUUUCAAUCGCCAAAUUUUGCGAAGGGUUAAAAAUCGCCAUAACCACAAUGCAUAUCAACGCCAUUUCAAUGUCUCUUUAUUCCACAGCACAGAGUCACUCCUGUUUGAAAAAUUAGAGUUGGAAUUGAAUCGCUCAAAAUAGAGUAAUAGUUUGCACUAAAAGUGAAAUUGAGGAAAGCAUAAAGCCUAUUCAUAUUCAUAAAGAUAUAGAACAGAGCCAAGCAAUAUCGUAAACUUGAUUUACACUCAUAAAAUGUUCUUCAAAAUGAAAAAAAAAAAAACUUUGAAAAAUUAACUUUGAAGAAAUUUUGCUUUUUACACGAUUUUAAGGCAUUUUGAAGGAAAUUUCAAUGUAUUACUAGCUACAUUUAUUUUAACUUUCUUUAAAAAAAUCUGAUAUUAAGAAGAAUCUACUAGUUUUGCAAUUUUUUCGACAUCAUUAAGGGAAAAUAGGUUGUAAUAGUGGAAAGUGUUACAUUCUUGCAGUUCUGGAACACACCAAAUAUCAGUAGGUUUUGCCGGCAGAUGUAUAACCUCUGCCAAUGUUCGAUUAUUUAAAUAUAUUUUGACUUGUGUUAUGAUUAUUCAAACGGUUGACGCCAUAUGAGGAGGUUCCGAAAGAGCGGGUCAAUAUUGUCUACUUUGUAUCUGGUUUGGACUUCAUAUAAAAUAUGUGAUAAUUUUUGGAAAAGGUUGAAAUGUGCGUGAGGUACCAGAUAUAGUGGACCUAAAUAUUCUAUUUUCAUACUUCAACCUAUUCUGAUAUUCGGAUGGGCACAAUUUAAAAAGAACCAUUUAUUUCCAACUUUAUACGAAAUUAAAAAUUCCGACAAAUAAGAGAAAUAAUUAAAUAUUCCAAGUUGUAAAGAAUCGUUGACUUGUUUCGCAAGUUAUGAGAGAUAUAAGUAUUGAAAAUUGUGGCCCUAUGUUUAUUUUAUUUGUUUUUAAUACCCUCAGUCAUAUGACUACAGUCCGUCUGUAUGUAUACCAUACCCACAAUAGUUCAACAAUUUUACAAAGCAAAAUAGAAAUCUAGUAUAAGUAACCGAUAAAGUAUAAGUAAGAGAAGAAGACUAAUAUCAGUUGCGAAAAUGGAAAUAUUGAUUAACUCAUUCAUAUUCAUACUCCCCAUUCCUCCGCAGAAAGCUCAACAUUUUGAAUUCUUAUAUAUUUUGUGAAGAAGAGAAUUUUGCUUGAAAAUCGUAUUUUUUGUCGGUUGAACGAUUUUUUAAUAAAAUGGUCUCAAAAUUCGUUAUUUUAAGUUCUUAAUAGGUGCUCAUUCCACAGGCCAAAUACUGCAUUGAUAGGUCCCGGCUUGUGUUUAACCUACAUAUAGUGGUACAAUCGAUAUUCAGUAUUUUUUACUUAAGCCAUAUUUGUCAAUGGAAUUAUCUGAAAUAUUACAGCGUUACCUUAUAUUCGCUUUUUUACACAAAUAAAACACGUGUAUUUAUAUGAGAGUUAGCCAAACUCGUUCGGCGUACAACAUUUCAAAGUUGAACAAGUUCGACAUAGACUAUUCAAUAGUUUCUUUUUUGUAUCCUACACCGCAAGGUGGUUAGGGUAUUAUGUCUUUGUGCAUUUGUUUAUAACAGGCAAAGGGAAACGAGUCCUUUUGAUGAUCUGCAUAGAAUCACAUUCUGAGUCGAUUUAUGCAUGCCCGUCCGUAUGUUCAUGUAUUUUUGUAAACAAAGUAUGGGUCACAUUUAUUGCCCGAUCCAGAUGAUUUUUUUUCACAAAUCAUUUGUUUGAUCUAAGGACGCACCCUAUUGAAAUUGAAGAUAAUCGGUCAAAAUUAAGAUAAAGCUCCCAUAUAUAUCUUCGUCCGAUUUGCAUUUUAUUUUGCACUAAACGGGUAAAAAUAACCCAAAUCUAUAUCUAUAAAAGAGGAAAAUGUUUGUAUGCUUGUUUGUUUGUAAUUUAUAGACUUUAAAACCGCUGAACAGAUUUUCCUGAAAAUUUGCAAGUAUACUAAAACAUCGCCUGAAAGUCACAUAGGCUAUAAUCAUUUUUGAAAUUACACUCGGAACUGGAGAUAUAGCAUCGGAAUCGGAGGUACCUCCCAAAAAUUUAGAUUUUAUAUGUACAUAUCUAUUGAUCGAUUACAUUUACAGUCUCCAAAUUUGGAAUGCGUAACGGAAUUUGAAACAAAAAUAAAUUUGCCAAAUUAUACUGAAAUCGGCUCAGAUUUGAAUAUAGCUCCCAUAUAUAUUUUGAUGCAACAAAUACGAUAUGUAUGUUCGAAUAAAAUGAAAUUUGCAAUGUGUGACGGGAUAUUGAUCAGAAAAUAAAUCUGUCAAAAAUGCAUUGACCCACUAAGCCUUUUUAAUGUUAUAAGGUAAAAAAUUACACAACAAUUUAAUUGAGGAUACGAUUAUUAUGGGGAAGUAUGUUGUUACCUCGAAUUUCCUAAUAGCAACAGAAAUGCUACUCAAAUUCAAAAAAAUGCAGUUUUACGCUUGGCAUUUGCUAUGAAAUUAAUAAAUCCGAGGGACAAACCCUUCGUGAUGCGGAUUAAAUAUAUCUCCCAUACUGUCUUUGUCCGAUUUGCCUUUUAUUGCACACCAAAAAUGUAAUAUUAGCCAAAAUGGGAUGCAAUUUGGCACAAAUUGAGUCUAGAAACAAAUUGGGUGAAAAUCGGUUCAGAUAUACCUACAGCUCCCAUAUAGUUCAUCCUAUUUUUUUUUUCUCCACAUUUCUCCACGAUGUUUUUAUAUAUUUUCUCCGUAACGAUAUUUUGGGAAAAUAUAUCAAAUACAGCUCAGAAAUACCUUUGCUAAAUUUUAUCGAGAUAGUUAAGAUUUGGAUAUAGCUCCCAUAUAUCUUUAUCCGAUUUCAAGUUAAUAGUUGACCAAAUGGGUAAUACAAGCCCGAAUUUAAAAAGCACAAAUGCCUCGGCUAAUUUAGUAAAAGUCGAUUCAGAAGAGGAUAUUUUUCUCAUAUAUUAGUUCCUUUGAACUUUAAAUUAUAACUUUAAUCAAAGUUGGUAGGACUUAAUUUUCAAAAUUCGCCGUAACAAUUUUUUGUUACGUGAAGCUCUACUAAAUAUGCAAAGCGGUGUAGAAUAUCAUAAAGUCGACCCCGUCCGAGUUAAAUACGUUUUUUACUGGUUUGUGUGUUGAAAAUAUAAAUGAAUAAUACAAAAUGUAAAUAUUUGUAAUUGGAAAAAAUUACAAUGGAGUGAAUUUAAUAAAGAAUAAUUUUUUUAAAAGUCCAAUUGAUAGUUCAAACGACUCUGCUUCAAUUUGACAUACAAGUUUCUCAGAGGAGUAUGUUCCUUUAUGUUCCAGAGGAGUCUGUUCCUUAGCGGUUCCUCCAUCUCCCAAACAAAAUACUUGUCUAAUAAAAUUCGUCUAACGCACAUUUUUCAAUAUCUAACCACGUUUCGACAUAAGCCUCAAAUAGCGGGUUCAGCCAUUCGUAUAUGUUGGAAGGCCCAAGCCGCAUUCUCCAGCAGAAGAGACCGCUUCAAACCUUAAUCCUCGCCAAAAAAAUAAUAAUUUAGAUCCUGUUUUUGGAAAUCCUUUUCCCACUGAAUUGGUUGCUAUUUUGUGUUUCGGAUCCGUAAUGCGAUAUUGCAAAGACAUAUUAUUUUUUAUUAUCGCUCAUGUAACGGUUGUCCCAAAAUUGUAAUUGAGGCUAUUGGGUCAAGCUAAAACGUAUUCCGAUUGAAUUUCCUUCGAUAUUAAAUGUGAGAAUUUGGCACUUGCAUUAAUACAAAUUAUAUAGCUUCUUUAAUCCUAAAGAUCAUCAAAUACUACUUAAUAAUUGAAAUCAACAAGUAAGCAAAGGCUAUAGUCGUGCGGGCCGACCAUGUGAUACUCUACAACACUACAAUAUGUUCGAAGUCACCUUAUAUCCAAAUCCAUUUUAAAGGAUUUCGUUCUUGAAGUAAUGUCCAAGAACCCCGCCCAGAUGUUACCCUUAUUUACGCACUCCGUAGUGUUGUUAAGUAUUCAAAACAAUUUCACACGAAAGUUGUCCAUUUUACAGCUAAAUAUAAUCCAAUGGUCAUCUAAAAUGCUAGACAUCCUCCCUAGCCUUAACUCUCUACUGAUGUGAAAUUCCGUGUCGAUUAGUUUUCAAUUGCGGCCUAUAGAGCGACUACAAAUUUAGAAUUUUUUUUUUAUUUUUUUUUUUAGUCAAUUUGCACCUUUAAAUGUACAUCUUAAGAACAAUAGGCUUUAAUUCUGACCCUAACCCUAUCCUCAUGCAACAUUUCGUGAGGAUCGGACGAUAAUUGCGAUAUGCAUAUAAUACCCUCAAAACGAAGUGUUGGGGGGUGUAAAAAAUUAGAAAAUUUACAAUUCAAAAUUGUAAGUCAAAUAGAAAAAAUCAUCAAUUCUUUUACAUAUAUAUUGUACCUAUUUUGCAAUAUAUCCGAUUUCUUGGCUAUUAGCAUCACUGUAAUGGCCAGAAGUGAUCUUUCAAUGUAUUUGUGAUUUGGCUGGGAUUGAAAAUAUUCGCAGUUUAGUGAACAUUUUCCUAUUUUCUUACAUAAAAGUUAGGGUAUAUUUUACCCGCUAAUUAUUGUCCGAUGCCCAAAUUGGUAGAUUUCUGCCCACUCCUAAGCUCUAACUACAUGUAAAUUUCAACCCCUAAAUAUCGUGCGAUCAUCUCCAAAAACAAUAUGGUUCUAUUCUGAUCAUAACCCCACCUCCAUUUUCAAAUUCGUGAGGAUCGGUUCAUAAUUGCGACCUGUAGCUUGAUUACAAAUUAACAUGGACAGACGGACGGACAUACAUAGCUAGAUCGACUCAUCUCGGCGAGAUAGGAAGAUCCAUAUGGGAAACCACUAUUUCGAGGUGUUACAUAAUUUUUGACCCAAUCAAACUUAUAAUACCCCCAACACAUAGUGUUGUAGGGUAUAAAAACUACAUAUUCCAGGACACAUUUCUUAGAUUUCAGUUCUUUUCGCACCUUUCACAAAUCAAAAGAUAAUCAGGCAAAAGUAUACACUCUUAGCCGUUUCGCCGGUUCGUUGAUAAAUUGUUAGUCAGUCACUUAAUACUCGAAAUGGGAUCUCAUGCUACAAAAGUCUAAGUUUCAAAAGUUAUUCAAAACCUAUAUUUUGCUCAUAAAUACAUAAACUUGUAUAUAAUACAAAACAAGGUCAUGGCAAAUACAUUUUUCAUAAAUCAAGUUCCUUCAGUAUUCGAAAAAAAUCAUAGGAAUAUCACAUUUCCUGCUAAUCAAAUUUAAAAGUUGGUCGCAUGUUCACUUUAAAAUUAGAAUAAUCAAAACGUGAACCAAAAACUUUUGAAUUCCAGCUGAGAAUUUGCUACCUUACAACUAAUAUUAAGAGUAAUCCUAGAAUUGCAACUAAAAAACUGCUUAAGACCCUACUAAUAGACAAAAAAAAAAAACAUAUCCGCCUCAGCUAAAAUGUUAAUGCGAAAGUAUUAUGAAUGUAUAUUAAAAAUCGAUGUAUUUUUGUAGAACUUUUUAGGUAAUUUUAACUUAAAAAAAAAACACACACACACGAAAAGGAUACUACUUCAUAUAAACCUGAAACAACUUAAAUGGAAUAUCUAUUUUUAAAAUAAUCGAAAAACAAAACUCUUAAGUCAUUUCAACACCAAGCAAGUCACAUUCAUAAGCAACGGAUACCAAAACAAUAGAUAUAAAAUUAAAAAAAAAAUAAUAUAUAUAAAAAAUAUAUAUUUAAUUGUAUAAAUAUUGCAUAUUUAAUGUUAAACAACAGAACAAAGAAUCAAAUGUCGUUAUACAUAAAGAAUACAUUUAUUGUACGUUACUUUAUAUUCGUUGAGAUUUUAAUAAAAAGAAUAAACUUUUAAACCGAUUAAA